AUGCCGGUCCGGAGGGGCCACGUCGCUCCCCAAAACACUUACCUGGACACCAUCAUUCGCAAGUUCGAGGGCCAGAGUCGUAAGUUCCUGAUUGCCAAUGCUCAGAUGGAGAACUGUGCCAUCAUUUACUGCAAUGACGGCUUCUGCGAACUCUUCGGCUACUCCCGCGUGGAGGUGAUGCAGCGCCCCUGCACCUGCGACUUCCUCACCGGCCCCAACACCCCAAGCAGUGCUGUGUCCCGGCUGGCGCAGGCCCUGCUGGGAGCCGAGGAGUGCAAGGUGGACAUCCUCUACUACCGCAAAGAUGCCUCCAGCUUCCGCUGCCUGGUGGAUGUGGUGCCUGUGAAGAACGAGGAAGGGGCAGUCAUCAUGUUCAUCCUCAACUUCGAGGACCUGGCCCAGGUCCUGGCCAAGAAUGAAGGUCGCAGCCUACCCCAGCGCCUGCUAUCCCAGAGCUUCCUGGGCUCCGAGGGCUCCCGUGGCAGGCUGGGCGGGCAGGGCCCUGGCACCAGCAGGGGCAAGUACAAGACCAUCAGCCAGAUCCCGCAGUUCACUCUCAACUUCGUGGAGUUCAACCUGGAGAAGCACCGCUCGGGCUCCAACACAGAGAUUGAGAUCAUCGCACCCCACAAGGUGGUGGAGCGGACGCAGAAUGUCACUGAGAAGGUCACCCAGGUGCUGUCGCUGGGUGCGGACGUGCUGCCGGAGUACAAGCUGCAGGCGCCGCGCAUCCACCGCUGGCCCAUCCUGCACUACAGCCCCUUCAAGGCCGUGUGGGACUGGCUCAUCCUGCUGCUGGUCAUCUACACAGCCGUCUUCACGCCCUACUCGGCCGCCUUCCUGCUCAGCCACCAGGAUGAGUCACAGCGUGGCACCUGCGGCUACACCUGCAGUCCACUCACCGUGGUGGACCUCAUUGUGGACAUCAUGUUUGUCGUGGACAUUGUCAUCAACUUCCGUACCACAUAUGUCAACACCAACGACGAAGUGGUCAGCCACCCCCGCCGCAUCGCCGUGCACUACUUCAAGGGCUGGUUCCUCAUCGACAUGGUGGCUGCCAUCCCCUUCGACCUGCUCAUCUUCCGCACUGGCUCUGAUGAGACCACGACCCUGAUUGGGCUACUGAAGACAGCACGGCUGCUACGGCUGGUGCGCGUGGCCCGGAAGCUGGACCGCUACUCUGAGUACGGGGCGGCUGUGCUCUUCCUGCUCAUGUGCACCUUCGCACUCAUCGCGCACUGGCUGGCCUGCAUCUGGUACGCCAUCGGCAAUGUGGAGCGGCCCUACCUGGAGCCCAAGAUUGGCUGGCUGGACAGCCUGGGCGUGCAGCUCGGCAAGCGCUACAAUGGCAGCGACCCAGCCUCAGGCCCCUCGGUGCAGGACAAGUAUGUCACGGCCCUGUACUUCACCUUCAGCAGCCUCACCAGCGUGGGCUUCGGCAACGUCUCCCCCAACACCAACUCUGAGAAGGUCUUCUCCAUCUGCGUCAUGCUCAUCGGCUCCCUGAUGUACGCCAGUAUCUUCGGCAACGUGUCCGCCAUCAUCCAGCGCCUGUACUCGGGGACCGCGCGCUACCAUGCACAGAUGCUGCGCAUCAAGGAGUUCAUCCGCUUCCACCAGAUUCCCAACCCGCUGCGACAGCGCCUGGAGGAGUACUUCCAGCACGCCUGGUCCUACACCAACGGCAUCGACAUGAACGCGGUGCUGAAGGGCUUCCCCGAGUGCCUGCAGGCCGACAUCUGCCUGCACCUGCACCGCGCGCUGCUGCAGCACUGUCCAGCCUUUCGCGGCGCCAGCAAGGGCUGCCUGCGCGCGCUCGCUGUCAAGUUCAAGACCACGCACGCGCCGCCGGGGGACACGCUGGUGCACCUGGGCGACGUGCUCUCCACGCUCUACUUCAUUUCCCGCGGCUCCAUCGAGAUUCUGCGCGACGAUGUGGUCGUGGCCAUCCUAGGGAAGAACGACAUCUUUGGGGAACCAGUUAGCCUCCAUGCGCGGCCGGGCAAGUCCAGUGCAGACGUGCGGGCCCUGACCUACUGUGACCUGCACAAGAUCCAGCGGGCAGACCUGCUGGAGGUCCUGGACAUGUAUCCUGCCUUUGCGGACAGCUUCUGGAGUAAGCUGGAGGUCACCUUCAACCUGCGGGACGCAGAUGGGGGUCUUCAGUCAUCACCCCAACAGGCUCCAGGCAAUCAAGACCGCCAGAACUUCUUCCUUGACAACGACCAGGCAGGUACAGCACCUUCCCUGGGCAUCUCAGAUGCAUCUGGCCUCUGGCCAGAGUUAAUACAGCAAGUGCCUUCAAGGCAUAGCCCCCCAAACCCUCAGGGAGACCCAGAACGCUGGCCUCGGGAACUAGGCUCCAGGCUAGAGCGGCUCCAGGCCCAGGUGAACAGGCUGGAGUCCCGCAUGUCCUCAGAUCUCAGCCGUAUCCUGCAGCUCCUUCAGCAGCCCACACCCCCGGGCCACACUAGCUACAUCCUAGGAGCCUCUGACUCCAGCGACCUGGCCUUGUUUCCUGCAGCCUCGGCCACCCAGAGUCCGGGGCCCAGGCUGCCUCAGGGCCUUCUGGCCCCUGCACAGACUCUGAGCUAUGGCGACUUGGACAAGUAUAUGCCGGAGCACAGGAACUCCUCCAGUCUGCCUCACUUGGCUGUGGCAGUGGACAGAACUCUGACAGCCUCUUCAGAACAGGAGCAUCCUGGCAGGCUCCUGACCCCCCUGGCUUUACCUCUGUGUCCCCUUGAGGUGCAGGGACUCAUCUGUGGUCCUCGCUUCCCCUCUCUUCCUGAAGAUCUUGACUCUGUCCCCAAGCAGCUGGAGUUCCAGAGACAUGGCUCAGACCCAGGAUUUGCAGGGAGGUAGGGGCCCUGAAGCCCAAGGUCAGAGACACCAUGAGAGGAUUGUAGAUGGGGGAGGUGAGAGUUACAGAUCAGCCCCUGAGAUGGGCCUCUGACAACCAUUCUUCUAGGGUAGCUACAAACUGCUGACCCAGGUGACCCAGGAUGGCAUGGUUGACGAGGCUCAGAACUUUUCCCCUUCCUUCUCUGGGGCUCCAUUUAGACAGGAAGCCUGGCGGAGAGUUGGGGAUCCUGAGACAUGGGGUAGCUUAUGGGACAGAGGGGUCAGUGAAGAAAGAAGUUUCUGAUCACCUGUGCGAGCCGGGGUUGACCUCCACCAUACCCAGUGUUUUGCUCUGUGGUGUGUGCGAUCACCUUCCAGCUCAAAACCAUCUGCCACCUCACGUGCCAGCACCAAGGCUGGGGUGGUCAGACCUGCCGAGAGCCUUGGAUCCAGCUAAAGAUGGAGGUACCCUGUGGUGGACGUGUUGGGGCAGAACUCCAGCCCUCAGUCUCUGCCCCUGAGGGUUCUGUGAUGACAUUUAGUUCUCUUGAAGGCAGUGGUGUGUCAUGUUGGUAAUAAAAUCUGCAUAUUUCAU